UUGGGCCCCAAUGUCUGCAUUAUGUUACCUUUCAAUGGCCAUGAACAAAGAGAAAGAAUCAGCUGCAGAACCCAUUCUCUAGUAGAAUAGUAGUAGUUCUGCAUUAUUAGUUCUUUGUUUAUGUACCAUCAUGGCUAGAAUCAUUCUUCUUUCCAUCGUGCUCUCCAUAAUCUACAGCAGCGAUGCCUUUUCCGGUGGAGCACCUCCAACAGUAUGCGACGAUAUGACCCCUGUUCACUUAGUAGGUCCUAAAACCUCUAAACUUCCAUACAACGUGACCGUUGAUAGAAGCGAAGUAAAAGGAGGUGAAAUUGUUGAAAUUUCAAUCCAAGGAUCGUAUAAGGGUGUACUAGUAGAAGUUAGGAAUGGUAAGAAAGCAGCAGGCACCUUUAUUGUUUCCAGUGAUGAUCGUUUCGUGAAGACAAUUGACUGCCAUGGAUCAAAAAAGAAUGCCCUAACUCACAAAAACUCUUUCACUAAAAAGGAUAAAACAUUCAAAUGGAAAGCCCCUAGGAUACCAGGAAAAUAUACUGUCAUGGUUACCGUUGUCAAAGAGGCGCUCACUUUCUGGGCCAGAAAACCAACCGCAGUUAUAAAUGUUGUGUAAAUAAUUAUUGUAAAAAUAAAAUAAAUGAACAAUCAAAACGAGAGUUAUUUAAUCAACUAGAAGAUUUUAUACCUAUUUCUUUUUGUCAAUAUAAAAAUUUAUAAACAUUUAUUUUUGUCAAUACACACUAUAAAUUUUAA